GAGUUUUGCAGAGCUCUGUGUGUGUGUGUGUGUGUGUGUGUGUUUAAGCCAUGAUAUUAAUAGAUUUUCUUUUGGUGUAUAAUAUUUAGUUGUAUUAUUUUAAGGCAGCUAAAUGGUAGCUGGAUGUAAAGCAGUAAUAUAUCGACAGCUUUGUAAUGUGGCUCCAACUGAGCCACUAGAGGUCACUCUAAUAUGUAUGUGUAUGUACAGUACUGUGGCUCUCAAUGAUGUGUAAAUCACACACAUUAAGGAGUUCCCGGAAAUGUCUUUUGUCAAGAAAAUCUUUAAAAGAACGAGUGACGAGAAACACUUCACGUUUCUUUCAAUUUGUUGUGAUGGUAAAUUGAGUUGCUUGUGUAUGUGGACGAUGUUGCAGUUUAAGUGGACUGUCUUCCCUGUAAUAAAGUCUCAUUCAGAAAUAAUUACGCUAUUGCUACUUACUAAACAAAAUGAUCGAUCAUGCAAUAACUAGGUUAUUGUUUAUGUAGUAAUAAACAGUGAACAAAGUAAAACUUUUGUGUCGGGAGAACUUAAAUCAUAUGACUGGAGUAUACACCUACUUAGGUGGGAGUUCAGGGUGUGUGUGUUGUGUGGUGUGAGUUAGCAGUUAAGCAAGCAUCUAUAUUUAGCGAGUGGAAUGUCCAGCUCCUGUCUCCACCCCAGACUACAGCCCAUCUCUGACUCACUGUGAAUAGCGUAUGCUAUACUUCCCUACAGGUUGCCUUUUUCACAAUAACUACUUAUCAGUAUUCUUUUUCCAAAUUUCCAACAUAUGUGUUCAGGAGAUCAGAAUCUCACAGUUUGCAGCAUAGACUUACUGUUAUGGAGGAUUCUUCAUGCAGUUUAUCAGAUGAGCUUUCACUGUAUCUAAUUAUAUGGCCAUAUUGUAUUGGUUUUAGCAGGAUUCUCUUUUAAUCAGUCAUUUUUGCAUUUAUUGAUACAUCACGUCUGUUAGUGCUUAAGCAUUACUCAUCCUCCUGGAUCCUGAACACUUCAUCUGGAUUUUCACACUGAAGUAGGACAUCUCUUUCCUCUUCUCCCAGGGUGACUCAGUCACUGACAUUGUUUUUUUAAAUACAUGAGAUGCUGAAAAGUGAUUGAUUGCUGGCAGGACAUAAAGGCAAGAGAGUGAGAGUGUGUGUGGAGGGAGUGUAGGUGACACAGGAGCAGACAUUCGGAGCUCCUCCCUCUCCUCUUUGCUGGCUAUUUUUGGCCCGAGUGUGACAGUGAGAGCAUGCUGUACCCCUGACAGCUGGGCCCAGGGGCCAAAUCAAAACAAGGCUGCCCCUCAUGCACUUGUUGCAUGAAUAGGACCAUCACUACAGCCAGCUGAAGGUACAGUAAGGACAGUAAGGGAGAUUCUUUGGUGAGCAAGCUUUUUCCUGCUUCCUUCCUCCAUCCCAGCCUGAGCUCUGUGGCACAGUUGGGUGAGGGAACAUUAACAGAGCAAAAAUGACCGACUUGAUCUCUUUAAAUGAAGAGGAUAAGGAUCCUGACAUUGAGUUGUUUGUAAAGGCAGGCAGUGAUGGGGAGAGCAUUGGGAACUGUCCCUUUUCCCAAAGACUUUUUAUGAUCCUAUGGCUGAAAGGGGUGGUAUUUAAUGUCACCACUGUUGAUCUGAAAAGGAAACCACCAGAUCUACAUAAUCUGGCACCUGGGACACACCCGCCUUUUCUCACCUUCAACGGAGAGGUGCGGACUGAUGUCAACAAGAUCGAGGAGUACCUAGAAGAAAUGCUGGCGCCUCCAAAGUACCCAAAACUAGCAACAAAAAACAGGGAAUCAAAUACAGCAGGAAAUGAUAUCUUUGCUAAGUUCUCUGCAUAUAUAAAGAACACAAACUCUGAGGCUAACACAAGUUUACAACGAGGGCUACUGAAGGCUCUGAAGAAACUAGACGAUUUCCUUAACACUCCUCUGCCUGAGGAGAUAGAUGCAGAUAGCAUGGAGGAGGAGAAGUGCUCUACCCGUAAAUACCUCGAUGGCAACGAAUUAACACUAGCAGACUGCAAUCUGCUCCCUAAACUUCAUGUUGUCAAGGUUGUAUCUAAGAAAUACCGUAACUUUGAGAUACCGUCAGAGUACACUGGAGUGUGGCGCUAUCUACAGAAUGCCUACGCACGGGAUGAGUUCACCAACACGUGUGCAGCGGAUAGAGAGAUCGAACUGGCUUACCAGGAUGUAGCCCGGCGUCUGGGCAAAUGAAACCUACAGAAGCUCAAGAUUGUAGCUUAUUUUUACUGACAUAACUACAUUGAGAGGUGACACCUCUGUCUCAUGAACGUGUUUAAUACAUUUGAUAAAUAAUACAUGACUAACAUUUUUUUCAGGGGGAAUUUUUGAGUUUGCAGCUUUAUUGUGUGUUGCCUUGAGGACGCCAUAUUGGAUCAGUCCUAUAAAUGCCCUAGAUAGACUGUUGCCUGGUCUGAUGCUGCCUGUGUACAUUUUACAUGUCGAUGCUGUUUUGAUCCCCGGGUGCAAAUGGCACGAAUCUGUCUAAUCAGCAACUCUGUAAUGGGCUUGAGAAAAGACUGUGCCACUAAAAUAGUUCUCUGCAAUAUCUCUGCAGCCUUCAUUCUGUUGAAAUGCACAAGGCAGCCUGUGUCAUUUCCUUCCACUCCAUUGUACUACUUUAUGCAAUCCACUCACCAGAGUUAAACAGACCUGCAGUAUUCUCCGCAAAUAUGCACAACUAAAUGCUAUGCAAUUUAAUUCUGCACUGAAUCUAUUACAUUUCUGAUCCUGUCAUUAUCUUUGAUCAAGAGUUUUAUUUUUGUGCAGUUUGAUUUAUUUUAUUAUAAAACUGCUUUUUGCUUAUGAUGAAGUGUAUGUGCUGACAUUUCCUGUUGAGGAACAGUGUUGGGUUUUGAGACUGGAUUUUGGUAAACACCAACAUAUUGAGUCCCUGCACUUCUUGUAGAGCAGACUUGUAUUUUUCUUAAGGAAGCAGCGCCAUCUUGUGGUGAAGGCGUAGAAGAGAAGAAAAGGGUACACAAUAUUUAUUAUCAAUCGCACUAGUUUGCAUGAGGAAACAAAUUGGACGGUCAAUUUAACCAACAUUUCAUUCUAACAAUGAAUAAAAAUCUCAUUAAAUCUCUGGCAGUUGUGCAUUGACGCAGUUUUGCAUCAUUUCAAUGACCUAAGCCAUUUUACAUGAUACUGCGAUUGCAUGUGAGUGAGCUAAAAUACUGAACCAUUGACAUGGUGGUAUAUUUAUCAGUAAUCUAAUUUAUAAUGAUAUUACUGUUCCUGUACAAUGUCCCAAAUGAUUUGUUUAUGAACUUUUAGAUAGAUCUUGCAUAUUUCUCUCCUCUGCUAUAUGCCACAGUGUUGUACUGAAAUUUCUUCUAAUGGCAAAUAAAUGUAUUUUUUUUUAAAUAAUGCUGUUUUGCAUUAUAUACUUUUAUUACACAGAGUGUCCCAAACUCUGUCAUGUAGAGGAUGCUUUGUACAUAGAGUUACAUUUUGUUUAGAAAGUGUUCAUUUCCUCUAUUCAAUUAAAUUCAAUUUUAUUUUAUGACAAAGGACAUUGUUUUAAAGCAGCUUUUAU